CCAGGCGUCUGCUGUCAAUCGGGCCAGGUGGGAGCGGUGAUUGGCCACGGGGCCCGCCCUCCAGACAGCCCCGCCGGGCUCGCGUAGGCUGCGCGCUGGGGAUGGGAGGGGCGCGGCGCCGCGUCUGGAGCCGCCGCCGUCCGUGUCCGCCUGCCCGUCGGUCGCUCUUGCAGCCCGCCUGCUGGGCAGGGCCGGCCCGGCCCGGCCAUGGAGUCCUACGACAUCAUCGCCAACCAGCCCGUGGUCAUCGACAAUGGUUCAGGGGUGAUCAAGGCUGGCUUUGCAGGAGACCAGAUUCCAAAGUACUGUUUCCCAAACUAUGUUGGGCGGCCUAAGCACAUGCGGGUGAUGGCUGGAGCCCUGGAAGGGGACCUCUUCAUUGGACCAAAAGCAGAGGAGCACCGGGGGCUGCUGGCCAUCCGCUAUCCCAUGGAGCAUGGCGUGGUGCGGGACUGGAACGACAUGGAGCGCAUCUGGCAGUAUGUCUACUCCAAGGAUCAGCUGCAGACCUUCUCCGAGGAGCAUCCUGUUCUUCUAACGGAGGCCCCACUCAACCCAAGUAAGAACCGGGAGAAAGCAGCAGAGGUGUUCUUUGAGACCUUCAACGUGCCGGCCCUGUUCAUCUCCAUGCAGGCCGUGCUCAGUCUGUACGCAACAGGACGCACGACAGGAGUGGUUUUAGACUCUGGGGACGGGGUCACUCACGCAGUCCCCAUCUAUGAGGGCUUUGCCAUGCCACACUCCAUCAUGCGGGUGGACAUUGCUGGCCGUGAUGUCUCCCGCUAUCUCCGGCUGCUGCUGCGUAAGGAAGGGGUCGACUUUCACACCUCAGCUGAAUUUGAGGUUGUCCGGACCAUCAAAGAGCGAGCCUGCUACCUGUCCAUCAACCCGCAGAAGGACGAGGCUCUGGAGACAGAGAAGGUGCAGUACACCUUGCCAGAUGGCAGCAUGCUCGAUGUGGGGCCUGCACGAUUCCGGGCUCCCGAGCUGCUGUUCCAGCCGGACCUGGUGGGGGAGGAGAGUGAGGGGCUCCAUGAGGUGCUGGCCUUCUCCAUCCACAAGUCCGACAUGGACCUUCGCCGGACACUAUUUGCCAACAUCGUGCUCUCGGGUGGCUCAACACUUUUCAAAGGUUUUGGUGACCGAUUACUAAGUGAAGUGAAGAAGCUUGCCCCGAAGGAUGUCAAAAUCAAGAUCUCAGCCCCCCAGGAACGGCUGUACUCCACGUGGAUUGGUGGCUCCAUCCUGGCCUCGCUGGACACUUUUAAGAAGAUGUGGGUGUCCAAAAAGGAGUAUGAAGAGGAUGGCUCUCGUGCUAUUCAUCGCAAAACCUUCUAGUGCCCCAGGAGGGUGGAGCAUGUUGGGAGAAUGGGAGGAAGGGGGAGCCAGAGCCCUUAACCCUUUUUGGUCUGGGCUCACAUACUAGGCUUAGGGUCCCCUGCAUGCCCUGAACCCGCAGGCAGGUGGUGCAGCAGUGCUCCCCUGCAGCCCUCCCCCCCAUCCCCUGCCGCCACACACAUAUACAUACACACACACGGUAAUGUUUAGCUGUGUGGAUGGGAGUCUUGAGCUGGAGCGUAGGAAUUGAGGAGCCCAGUGUUGGGUUGUUCUGGGUGUCCCUUCAGCAGGGCCAGUUAGGCCUGUGGUUCCUUGCUCUGAGUCUCGGGGCUGCUUCCCGGAGCUCGCAGGGCCAGAGUGCCUGGAUGCCUGUGUAACUAGCCUUGGCGGUGGACCAGGGGUGGCCAACAAGUCCACUGGUGCAUCAUUGUGUCCAUUGCCACCUCCUCUUCCUGACCUGAAAGGGCAGCCUAGACCCUUUCACACGCUGUCUUCCUGGGCAGAGCCCUGGUGUAGGGCAGAGUACUGGGUAGUCUUCUGUCCCCAGCGAGGGGGUGUGGCCUGGGUCAGACCCUCCAGAGCCAGGGCAGAGGAUGAGCAGUUGUCAUGAUCUCCCCUUCAAAGCACUUCAUUGACUUGCUGCUCCCUCUCCUUUACCCUCAAUUCCCUGCACGGGAAAGGAUUAAUGGUCUUCAUUUGUUGAGUGGAAGCCACUUAAUCAGGAGUCAGACCUGAGGAGGUAGGGGACAUUUCCUUCUCUACCUCCCCUAAGAAAGAGGUCAUCACUUUCGCUGUAGACAGGACCCCACCACCUCUCUUCCAGAUAUGUACAAUAAUUUAUCACAGUUGCCUGAAAAAAAACCUUUUUUUAAAAAUCAUUAUAGUAAUAAUUAUGGACAAGG